GGUAAGUCAAGCAAAGAAACACAGUAUACUUACGUGGACAACACGGAGGUACGAAGAGAGGAAGCAAGGCAGUUGGAACAAAGAAAGCUGGAAAAUAAACGGAGACAAAGAGAGGCUGAAGAAAGGCUGCGCAUACAGGAAGAAAAACGACGAGAAGAAGAGAGAAGGCGAGGGGAAUAUCAACAACAGCGGCAACGACAGAUAGAACAAGAAGAAGCGAGGAAGAGAGAAGAGGAAGAAAAGCGCUUGCGUUUGGAGAGCGAACUGUGCCUCCGUCGAGAUGAGCUGUUCGAGUACAAAUUUGGGGACAAGAUCAAGCUGGAUAGUUUUAAAGGGCUGGCAAUAGAUGAUGUAACACAGCUCAGAAUCGGUGUGUUCGGACCUACUGGAUCGGGCAAGAGCUGCUUUAUCAACACGCGUGAACGAGCUGUGAGGCAGACGGUUAAAGGCACAGCUCCUGACAACACUACAAUUCAAGAAGGAGCCAUAAUUCUACGGGAUUAUCUCCCUGAGUUAUUCUUCCACUUAGUUGAUGUAUAUGGUUUCUUCCACUACAACGCUAACGAAACCGUGGAAUUUAAGAACAUCUUGGACGGAAAGAUACAACCUGGGGAUAAUGUUGUCCGUUCUAAAGACGACCAUGAAAAUACUAUGGACCUUCACCCACGUCCACCAUUUGCCAACCGUCUGCAUGGCAUCAUCAUUGUGGUCAAGGCGAAUGACCUGCGUCUAAGAGAGGGUGCCUUGAAGGAUCACCUAAAACCAGUGCGAGAUAUUCUGCAUAGAACUGGUUAAGUGUUUGCUAGUAAUGAAAAUCAAUAGAACACCUAUGCAGACACAGACCGACAGGGACUUUUCAGGUCUCAACACGGAGUUACAAAGAAUUGGUUUCCAAUAAAGCCGUGCAUGCAAUAAAAUAUCAAAAUAUGUAAUAUGACAAAAAUUACAUAUUCAAUUACAGAUAUACAAAACUUAAAAAGUGCCCUGGAGAUCGACGUUGCGCAAAGAUUUCAUAAUAAACCUCGAGAAAUGGUUUAGCAUUAAUUAUAGUAACUGUUGGGAGAGUAUUCCAUAGCUUAGCACCGCGAUAAGAAAGAAGUCUUUCUUGAAGUAUUCGGUGAUUUUGGAAGUAUGGUCAGACAUGUAGAGCGCAUCAUCACGAGCUACAGCAAUCAGAUUGCACUCUGUGGUAGAUUAACUCCCUCUCCAUCACAGGGUACCUUGAAACUUAAGCUUCAUACUGUCAGUAGUACCUCUCGAUUGAAGAAAAAUUAGGCUGAAGUUAACUCUACCACAUUAUGAGACUCGAAAACACAACGUGAUCGUGACACAAAUGGAUUUACAUUAAUGUUAGCGUUUUUUCAUGCUAUUAAUUUCGCCCAAAUUAGAAAAGAAUUAUCAGCAAGAGUUAACAAUUCAUCAUACAAAACGGCCCUGUUGCUGACCUCAGCUUACAAAAUGUUAUUUGAAAACGGUGGCGUUUAGUUAAUGCAAGGCAUAAGAAUGGUUCGGAGAAUAACAUUCAGCUUCAUAUUGCGCUUGAAAUCGUUACAGUUAUUUUUAAAAAGUGUGACCAAGAGAUAAGCACAGGGCUCUAAAGCUUAAAAAAGAAACUCUUCCAAUGAAAAAAAAUAUUAGACUAGGGAGACUGAUAGACCGGCAAAAAUCAUUUCAGUGUCAGUUUUGAGAGACCAGUUUUAUUAUUCAAUCCGUUUUUAGUUCUGUUUUGUCUCCUUCCACAAUCCUUUGCCAAUCUAUUCAUUUCUUUUUGCUCCCACUAAAGGAAUCGUACCAAUCACUGUUAUUACGCACCGUGACAAACUGAGAACAGAAGAGGAUUGUGAAAAUGCCCUUUACGAAGCUUCAGCGGCUACUGGCAGUCCACCCAGUUACACUUUAUUUGUGGCUAACUACUGUAAAGACAACAGCCAUUGCAAUCCAGAAACAGAGCGAAUGAUCUUCGAUAUUCUACACUACGCGCUGCUGACGGCUGAGACUGCAGUGAAGAUCAUGAAACAGAAACAGAGAAACGAAGAAGAGGAUGAAGGUGAUCAACAAACCUUU